AAAGGCGUCAGUCAAGGACCGCGGUAUCUUGGCAGAGCGCGACCCAGUGCGGCUCAGCCCUCGCGUCAAGACACACGCUCGAACAAACCAACUCGUACCACAACACGUUUAUGUCGCAAGUGUGCUGAAGUGUUUCAAUAUUGCUGCUAUAUUUUAGUGUUUUUUGGAUUACUUAUAACAAUUUACAACGCAUCAUACAUCGUACAGCAAGGACGGCGCUAGUCAAAGAUUAAUGCAUGUCAUGUUGACCGCACGAACAUCUACAUGAGGGAGACCAAGUCAAAUAAUAGCAAGAAUGCAGCGCGUGCUAGCCCUGACGGCGGUCUUGGCCUUCAGUGAGACUGGGUCCGCCCUCCAAUGUUACCAAUGCCUCAUCAACCCGCCACCAGGCCAAAACUACACUUCCACGCCGCGCCUGUGCGUCAACUUCGACCACUCCAACAAGUUCGUCGUGGACUGCCCCUACUCCACGAUGUGUAUGAAGCAAGACUUCCAUUUGGACAUUCAAAAUGGAGUGAGAAUUAACGGCGUGCUACGAGACUGCGCACCGCAGACCAACAAGUAUCAAGACUAUGAGAAUGGGCGCUGGUCUCCCAAGAUCGAGAUCAUGGAGCCGUAUAAGGAGGGCUGCUUAGAAGUGGAUGAUAAGGGCGAGAGGACGCCUUCCACCAGAUACUGUUAUUGUCGUGGUGACUUCUGCAAUACGUCCAACACGAAUCACGAAGGCUACACAGACAUCAUGGGUGUUAUACUCGUAUUUAAUCUUAUGAAAUACAUCAACAGUAUUAGGUAGUGCAGUAGUAGUGACCUGUGAAUGUUUUAAGUCUGUGAUUUAUUGAACUGUAAAUAGUGUAACUAGAUGUCAGUGAUGGAUUGAUGAUGACUUACUAUUAGUGGUGCUACAAAUACUUUCCUGUCUUGUUGUGUUAUUGUAUAUUUGAAUUAGAACACAUUUGGCGGUAUUCAUAUUGUUAAAUACAAUUAUUAAGUGUCACUCAGAAAGAGUGAAGAUAGCUAAUUGUAGAGUAUAAUCCUGCAUAAAAAACUUAUGGUAAAAAAUAUGCUUACUUAUAUAUUGUAGAAAAAUGUUUUGUUUACUAAUUUUCACCACCGCCAACUGGUAAAGGCACUCUUGAUUGUUCAAAAACUAAUAAGAUAGUCGCAUUUUAUUAUGUAUGGCAAAGUAAUCAAAUGCAAAUUUUGAGUUGUUUCCUUAUGUUAGCAGGUAGGAUUGACUCUUAAAUGAUGAUUUUGAAUGAUAUUUUUUUAUUACGUUCGUUUGGAUUUGAUUUUGUUGCCAGCGAAAAAUGUUGUGUUUCACUGGGAGGCAAAGUUCGUUUAACGCUCGUGCUUUGACACCCUCGCAACGGUCAAGAUUCUACUCCACGAAACAUUCGCCAGGCUCGUGGUUCAAUUUUGGAAUCUUUUGAUUGCUCGGGCAUCAAUAUCAGCACGAGCGGCUUAAUAACAACUUUGUCCCUUUAUAAAACAAAUAACUAUUGAUUGAUCGAUUUGUAUAAUGCAAAUUUAGGUGUAUGUUUUAUACUAACUACUAACAGUAUGUACGAUGUCUCCAGUCCAUUUUCCAGUGUUUUAUACUUAAUUUUGCAGUAUCUGAUGCCUAUAAAGCUUUUUCAUUAUAAGCACAAAUAUUUUGGCUGAGUCAUUUAUGUAUUUAAAUGUCUAUUCCAAAAAGUAUACACCUACCUUCGUCUAAAUAACCGUCGAUUCGUGCAGAUAAGUCCUAUAUUAAUUUAUUUUAUUUAUUCAUUUUUACUGAUAGUAAAAACAAUCUCUAGCACCAAUUCAUUAGGUACUGCCCAAUAAAAUCGAUAUGCUAUUCUUAUUCCUAAAGCAAUAUAAUAUCCGAUUGUAUUUUUUUUCAAUUUUAAUUUAAUUUUGUAUGAGUUGCACAAUGCAAUCAAGUAUUGGUCGUAACGAAUUUACGAGUUACGCGCAAGGAUAUCUAAUUCUAAAAAGCCAUAAUAUAAAUACGACGAUUAUUUCGUUGUUGAUAGUAAUAAGGUUAUUUUCAAUUCGUUUUUCAAUUUUAUGCUUUUUUGCUUAUCAAGUGCCAGAAGCACUUUGAUCUAAUAGGAUUGUGCCAAAUAUUAUCUAUUAUUAAAAUGUGUGAUACUUUAUGAUACGAAUGAUAUGCUUUUCAGUUUUAUGUAAAUAUGUAAAAAAAUAUAUAUAUAUAUAAAUAUAUAUAUAUAUAUAAAUAUAAAUAUAUAUUUAAGAAUAAAUUGUAAUGAAUGCUUAUUUUAAAUUUCCAGUAAAUUUACGUUUUCUAAUUGGAAAAUGCGAAUUUAAUAUCAAGAUAUACGAACAAUGGUAAAUGGUUGAUCAAUCGAUCAUAACCAGUAGGUACGAGUACAAUAAAUCAAUUUCAAAAUAAAA